CCAACGGCUAUUGUACUCUAAUCUCCACUAUAUAAAUAUGCCACGGUCCUUUCUUCCAUUAGUUUGCUCACUCUUUACUCUCAGCCUAUAGAUCUCGAAACCUCUUGCUCAUGGGUGUUACAAUCGUCUCUAUCAAGGCCAGGCAGAUCUUCGACAGCCGUGGUAAUCCAACCGUCGAGGUUGAUUUGGAAACAUCAAAUGGUGUGAAAGCCAGAGCCGCUGUUCCCAGUGGUGCUUCAACCGGAAUUUAUGAGGCUCUUGAAUUGAGAGAUGGAGGGUCUGAUUAUCUUGGGAAAGGUGUAUCAAAGGCGGUUGCAAAUGUAAACACAAUCAUUGGCCCAGCAUUGAUUGGCAAGGACCCAACUCAGCAGUUAGCUAUUGACAAUUUCAUGGUUCAGCAACUUGAUGGAACCCAAAAUGAGUGGGGUUGGUGCAAGCAGAAGCUUGGAGCAAAUGCCAUUCUGGCAGUGUCUCUUGCAGUCUGUAAAGCUGGGGCUAUGGUCAAAAACAUUCCUCUUUACAAGCACAUUGCCAACCUUGCUGGCAACAGCAAGUUGGUUUUGCCCGUUCCAGCUUUCAAUGUCAUUAAUGGUGGAUCACAUGCAGGAAAUAAACUCGCUAUGCAGGAGUUCAUGAUUCUCCCUGUUGGUGCUUCAUCUUUCAAAGAGGCCAUGAAGAUGGGUGUUGAAGUUUACCACCACCUGAAGGCUGUGAUCAAGAAAAAGUAUGGUCAGGAUGCAAUAAAUGUUGGUGAUGAAGGUGGUUUUGCUCCUAACAUUCAGGAGAACAAGGAAGGUCUUGAAUUGCUCAAGACUGCCAUUGAGAAAGCUGGUUACACAGGCAAAGUUGUUAUUGGAAUGGAUGUUGCAGCAUCUGAAUUCUAUUUAUCUGACAAGACUUAUGACCUGAACUUCAAGGAGGAGAGAAAUGAUGGUUCACAAAAGAUCUCUGGAAAUGCCCUCAAAGAUCUCUACAAGUCAUUUGUUGCUGAUUAUCCUAUUGUGUCCAUUGAAGAUCCUUUUGACCAAGAUGACUGGGAGCACUACACCAAGCUAACCUGUGAAAUUGGUGAAAAUUUUCAGAUUGUGGGAGAUGAUCUCCUGGUCACCAACCCAAAGAGGGUGGCGAAGGCUAUUAAGGAAAAGACUUGCAAUGCCCUUCUUCUUAAGGUUAAUCAAAUUGGAUCUGUAACUGAGAGCAUUGAAGCUGCCAAGAUGUCCAAGCGAGCUGGGUGGGGUGUGAUGGUCAGCCAUCGCAGUGGUGAAACUGAGGACACUUUCAUCGCUGAUCUUUCAGUGGGUUUGGCCACGGGUCAAAUCAAGACAGGAGCUCCAUGCAGGUCUGAGCGUUUAGCCAAGUACAACCAGCUCUUGCGAAUUGAGGAAGAGCUCGGUUCACAUGCAGUUUAUGCUGGAGCGUGCUUCCGCAAUCCUGUUGAGCCCUACUAGACUAUGGUAGACUGAUAACUGCACUAAGGUUAGGAACUAAGUGAAGUUGUGUUUUCCAUUAAUAAGGGAUAUUUUGAAAUGGGGCUUAGGACCCAGACUUCUUCUCAAUAAGUUUUGUGAAUUUUGGCUCGAGUUGAAUUGCGAUGUUGUGAAGACUUAUAUGGAGCUAUAGAUAAUCUUUUACUGGGACUCGUUUAUGGGUUAUUUCAGUGGAAAAAGUUCCAUCGCUUUUAAAUUCUCUCUUGGGAAAUAGUUGCAGAUUUUUAAAGAACUUGUGAUUCUAAGAAAUAAAAUUUUAAGUU